CUGGCACCUACCAGGGAAAUGGCGGCUUACAACUGGAGAGAAUAAAUGUCUACUACAAUGAAGCGGCAGAAAACCUCUGCAUUUUCUUUUUGCAAAGAAAAAGAAAGAAAGACUUGCGUCUAUACAGCGCUUUCACGCCAUCAGAACAUCCGAAAGCGCUGUACAACCAAUGAAGUAAUGCUGAUGGUUUGCGGGGGAAAAGCGAAGUAAAAUGUUCCGGGACUGCCUGUACCCGGUAGCAAGUAUGUACCCCGUGCCAUUCUGGUGGACUUGGAGCCGGGCACCAUGGACUCUGUCAGAUCGGGGCCCUUUGGUCAGAUUUUUCGACCUGACAACUUUGUAUUUGGCCAGAGCGGUGCAGGGAACAACUGGGCAAAAGGCCACUACACAGAAGGAGCUGAACUGGUUGAUUCCGUGCUGGACGUGAUCCGUAAGGAAGCUGAGGGCUGUGACUGUCUGCAGGGUUUCCAGCUCACCCACUCGUUGGGAGGGGGCACUGGCUCGGGCAUGGGUACCCUCCUCAUCAGCAAGAUCAGAGAGGAGUACCCCGACCGGAUCAUGAACACCUUCAGUGUCGUGCCGUCGCCCAAGGUGUCUGACACCGUGGUCGAACCAUACAACGCCACACUGUCCGUGCACCAGCUGGUCGAGAACACGGACGAAACCUACUCCAUUGACAAUGAAGCGCUGUACGACAUCUGCUUCCGCACCCUGAAGCUCACCACCCCGACCUACGGUGAUCUCAACCACUUGGUGUCGGCCACCAUGAGUGGGGUGACGACCUGCCUGCGGUUCCCCGGCCAACUCAACGUGGACCUCCGCAAGCUGGCGGUCAACAUGGUGCCCUUCCCGCGCCUGCACUUCUUCAUGCCGGGCUUCGCCCCCCUGACCAGCCGUGGCUGCCAGCAGUACCGUGCCCUCACCGUGCCCGAGCUCACCCAGCAGAUGUUCGACGCCAAGAACAUGAUGGCGGCCUGCGACCCGCGCCACGGCCGCUACCUGACGGUGGCCGCCAUCUUCCGCGGCAAGAUGUCCAUGAAGGAGGUGGACGAGCAGAUGCUGAACAUCCAGAACAAGAACAGCAGCUACUUCGUGGAGUGGAUCCCCAACAACGUGAAGACGGCUGUGUGCGACAUCCCGCCCCGGGGCCUCAAGAUGUCCGCCACCUUCAUCGGGAACAGCACCGCCAUCCAGGAGCUCUUCAAGCGGAUCUCUGAGCAGUUCACCGCCAUGUUCCGCCGCAAGGCCUUCCUGCACUGGUACACGGGCGAAGGUAUGGAUGAAAUGGAGUUUACCGAGGCAGAGAGCAAUAUGAAUGAUCUGGUCUCCGAGUACCAACAGUAUCAGGACGCCACUGCUGAUGAACAGGGUGAAUUUGAAGAGGAGGAGGAGGAGGAGGAGGGUGCAGUUGAUGCCUAAUGUCCUUGUCAUCUCCCCCCCCACCAUCCUCUCCUCCUCGAGAGCUGGCAGUGUCGUUGUUCUGUUCUUCCUUACGAAACAAAUUGUGGGUUUUAAUUUGUAAAUCUCGACCCUCUGUCCCAUGUAGCGUUUUAGUGUCAAGUGACGCUGUGGCAACCAUGAUUGUAAAUAGUGUCCCAUUCCUGUGAUGCAGACGCUUUACAUUUUCC